CGGCUCUCUUCUGACACAUACUUGCCUAAAGCUGCUUGGCAACACAUGACAAGUCAAUCAUAUGCGUGGGCCUUCGCGGAGAAUCCACUAGAAUGGCCUGUCCCAUAGUGGCCUGACGAUAAUCCCGGUCCCAAUCCGACUAAUAUUGGGCAUUCUGACACGGAAGUUUUUCCCUGUAAGGGUUUAAAAUGCUUGUUCGUGCCAGUUUCCCACCUCUCUCUUUUCCAUCUGUUGAGUUUUCCAUCUCGGCUUCAAUUGUUCUAAGCAGCGGGUAUAUCUCUCACCAUGGUCUUACACCUGACGCAGCUACAGCGUCUUUCGCUUGUGAUCGGUAUCUCACUUUGCUUCUUCCUCGCUGAAAUUUCCGUUGGAUUCUACACAAAAUCUCUCGCUCUUGUGGCUGACGCAUUCCAUUAUCUCAAUGAUAUCAUCGGAUUUAUCGUGGCAUUUGCUGCUGUGAAGAUAUCUUCAAAGAAGGAUUCGCCAAAAGACCUCUCCUUUGGCUGGCAGCGGGCUCGCCUCCUCGGGGCGUUUUUCAAUGGUGUCUUUCUUCUCGCCCUAGGAGUCAGUAUUUUUCUACAGUCGAUUGAGCGAUUUAUCAGUCCACAAGUGGUUGAAAGCCCAAAGCUGGUCCUUAUUAUUGGCUGUGUCGGGCUUGCCUUGAAUAUACUGAGCGCGUCUUUCCUUCACGAGCACGACCAUUCCCAUGAUAGCACUCCCGCUGGAAACCUAGACGCGAGUGCUGAAAGUGGCAUCAACGAGGUUUAUGCCUUCCAUACCGGCCACAGACACAAUAACCUUCAAGCUCAGAAGAAGGGAUACGACCUUGGCUUACUCGGUGUUUUCAUUCACGUCCUUGGAGAUGCCUUCAAUAACGUCGGGGUCAUAAUCUCUGCGUUGAUCAUCUGGCUCACACAUUCUGCCUCCCGGUACUACGCAGACCCGGCUAUUAGUAUGGCGAUCGCCCUGAUGAUCAUGGGAACAUCUAUUCCCCUUGUGAGAAACUCCGGCCUUAUUCUGCUGAACAGUGUCCCCAAGGGAAUCGAUCUGAGCGACGUGAAACAUGACCUUGAAUUAUUACCCGAAGUCUCAUCCGUCCACGAGCUACACGCCUGGCGUCUAAACCAGGAAAAGGCACUCGUUUCUGUGCACGUUGGGCUUCCCGAUAUGCGCAUCUCAGAGUUUGUGAAACUUGCAAAGACCAUGAACGAGUGCUUCCACAGCUAUGGUAUUCAUUCUGCAAUUGUGCAGCCGGAGCUUAUCCAGACGGUAGAAAACACCACCACGAAGGGAGUCGAAGGGAAAUCAGAAUCCUGUCAAAUUACGUGCGGCUCGUCUUGUGAGCUGCUUACGUGCUGUGGCUAAGGGGGGCAAAUGCACGUCUUGGACUGUUUUGAGGAUUGCAUCGGUAUUCUAAACUAUAGAAAACCAUCAAACCAUUGUGGUGUUGUGAGCUAUGAAUAUAGCUUCCAUAACAUACCGCUGAACUAGGUAGGAGAAUCAAGAUUUGUUUCUUGAGGGGCUGCUUUGAUGGGUGAGGCUUUGUACACGAUGGAUUUAGUGGACGCUGGUAUGGCCUGCAUAUCUUAAUAAUUGCAACAUGAAGUUACCUUUCCCGCCCAACAAGAUGUAAGCACAGUGAAAGAGAUAUAACGAUAUAGAACAUAUAAUCU